CCACGAGGGCGAUAAGAGGGGGAGGGACCUGAUGGACCCUUAUAUUUCACGUAAGCUGAAGCUGCACUUGCGUUCGAGAACAUCUGCUGGAAGGCCUUUGCCUGAGACUGAAGACUACACUGGGAAAUGAUGGAAGUCUACACUGUCACUGUGGUGACUGGGUCAAAGGAGUACGCCGGUACUAAGAACUUCAUCUACGUGACCCUGGUGGGUGAGGAGGGGGAGAGUGAGCGGACCAUGCUGGACAAUGUUGGACUGGACUUCAACCGAGGAUCAGUUGGCCAGUACAAAGUGAAUAGCCCAUCCCCUCUGGGCACCGUGCUCCUGGUCAGGCUGGAGAAGCAGAAGUUCUUUGUGGACGACAACUGGUUCUGCUCUUAUGUCACCGUGGAACCACCAGCUGGAGGCAAACUGCUGACCUUCCCUUGCUACCGCUGGCUUGUUGGAGAUGUCGUGAUGGAGCUCAGGGAAGGAACAGCUAAGUUACAGAAGGACGACCUUCUGCCUGUGCUCCAGAAUCACAGGAAAUCAGAACUCCAGGAGAGACAGGAGGCAUACAGGUGGGUCACAUGGGUUCCAGGGCUUCCACGAUGCAUUGAUGCUCCAACAGAAGCUGAUUUGCCUCCGGACGUCCGCUUUGAUAACCAGAAGAAGAGUGACUUUGAGCAUUCCCUGCAGUUUGCCUUGGUUGAGCUGUCUUUGAAGAAACUCGCCGUCAAGUUUGGGACAUCCUGGGACGACCUGGAAGAUUUUAAACGCAUUUUCUUGAAGCUGAAAAGCCCAGUAGCAGAGUACUGCAUGGAUCACUGGCAGGACGACAACUUCUUUGGCUACCAGAUUCUGAAUGGAUCCAACCCACGAAUGAUCCAAAGGUGUGAGAGGCUGCCGGAUAAAUUCCCUGUGACGGCAGCCAUGGUUCAGAGCUCAAUGUCUGCACAAACAAACCUGGACAAGGAGCUGAAGGCGGGGAAUAUCUAUCUUCUGGAUUAUGCCAUCAUGGAUGGAAUUCCCGCCAACAAGGUCAAAGGUCAGCCUCAGUAUGUAGCAGCUCCUCUCUGCCUACUGUACCGGAACCCUGAUGGAGAACUGCUGCCCAUCGCAAUACAGCUUGGACAGACUCCAGGCUUGGACACACCCAUCUUCCUUCCCACAGACCCCCAGCUGGCAUGGCUGCUGGCAAAGAUAUGGGUCCGUCACGCAGAGUUCCAGGUGUUUGAGUUGUUGUCUCACCUGCUCCGCACUCACCUGGUGGUGGAGGUGAUCUGUGUGGCCACACAGCGUCAGCUGCCCGCCGUCCAUCCCAUAUACAAGCUUCUGACUCCUCACCUGCGCUACACCCUGGAGAUCAACUGCAGGGGGCGCACGCAGCUCAUCUCUGAGGAUGGGAUCUUGAAACAGGUCACGUCCACUGGUGGUGAGGGUAUGGUGCUUCUGGCCCAGAGGGAGUACAAGCUUCUGACCUACCGAUCCCUACAGCCCCGCUACGACUUUGUAGACCGGGGUGUGACCCAGUUGCCCAACUAUUUCUACAGGGAUCAUGCGCUGAUGCUGUGGGACGCCAUUCACAAAUUUGUGUCCGAUAUGGUCCAACUGUUCUACAAGUGUGACCGGGAGGUGCAAGAGGACCUGGAGCUUCAGGCCUGGCUGAGAGACAUUGUUCAGGAAGGCUUUGCAGAGCUGCCUGACUUUGGUCUGGCAAGCGAGUUGAAGACAUUGGACGAGCUGUCCACUCUACUGGCAGUGAUCAUUUUCACCUGCUCCGCCCAGCAUGCGGCCACCAACAACGGUCAGUUUGACUGGUGUGCCUGGGUGCCCAACACCCCCUGCAGCAUGAGACAGCCUCCACCCAUGAACAAGGAUGCGGUCACCAUGGAGACCAUCAUGACCUCACUUCCUGAUGUCAGUCAGUCCUGCGUGCAGAUGGCCAUCACGUGGCACCUGGGCCGAGCUCAGCCAGACGCCGUGAGUCACUUACACUCACUGCUCAGCCCCCCUGUCCCUUUGGGAAAGUACAUUGAGGAGUACUUCACCGAGAAGCAGGCCGUGGAGGUGAUUGGCAGCUUCAAAGUGGAAUUGCUGAAGAUCGAGACAAACAUCCUGAGUCAGAACAAAGGACUGGCGCUGAAGUACUUGUAUCUUUUGCCCAGUACAAUUGAGAACAGCAUCACCAUAUAGAUGCGGUACACUGAACUCAAUACGAGACAAUACGAAAGCAUUGCUCAGU